AUGCAAGAGGACGAGAGACAAAAAGUCAUAGAACGCAAUUUGCCGCAUUUGGUAAGUGUGCUACUAGGAUCUCCCAUCGAUGACAAAAAAAAUGACAAUGGCCAAGUUUCGGUGGAACCUGCCACCUUUGAUAAAUGCCUAACUUAUGCCAGGUGCCACAUAGCGGAUCCUAAUGUUGUGGACUGUGAUCCGGAUGCGGUGUGGGAUACUAUGAACCAGUUUUUGGAGCGCUUUCGCAUAGAAAAUCUAUCUGUGUUCGGGGAUACAUUUAAUCAGCUAGCCAAUGUGAUACUGAAUCAUCCAAUCUGUAUGAACCACAAGCAGCGGAACAUCCACUGGCGACUUCUAGACUUCGUGCUCUCUGUGAACUACAAGACCUUUGUUUCAAUCCGUCGCAACCUCCCCGAGAUGGAGCAGAAGCGAAAAAACAUCCUGGAGGCUCUCCAAAUGGCCACCGAAAGUUCCCAAGUCGAUCCCAAAGAUAAAAAUAAUACUAAAUGUGUAGCUGAUACUGAAGAUCAGUUGAUCCACAAAAAAAGUCAAAAGCCAAAGAGUCCGAGGAAAAAGCUUACUCCAGACCAGAUCCAGCGCCUCUGUGAUGAAAUAAGAGAUCUAACUUCCUCGAAAUAUGGUUCCUUGCAUACUGUACGAUCACAGAUACCAAUGGAACAAUCUAAGCCACUGGACACCUCGGACUACAACUACUCUAGGGAACUCAAUCUAGGCAAAGUGGCAGUAAAAGAAAAUUUUACCAUUAAAGGGGCCAAGAUGGAGCUGGAACUGAAUGUUGUUCAGAACAAGCCCUCCGCAGAGAAGCCCGCAUUAGUUGAUUUCUUUAAAAACGAAAGUGACAUGCUAUACCGGAUUCAGACAAACUGGUGGCAAGUGGAUAUUAGUGUGUACAAUCAGGCCCAUAUUUUAGCGAGCAAUUUCUGCCAAGGAUAUGCAGACAUUUUGAUUUUUCAGCUUUGGGAAAGCCAAGCCUCGAUACGAAAGUUAAGUGAGGAGCACCAGCUUUUAAGCGAACUAAUUGUCCUUUUCUUUGCAUCCGCAAAUUGUAGAAGCUUCAAAAUCUUGAAUGACAAUUGGGAAUUUAGGGCUGAUGAGCCUCUCACCUGUGCACUUAAACAAUUACAAGAAGGUCCUCAUCUGGGCGAGAUUAUAAAGUCUCUGAAGCAAAUGCGUCAUCUAAGGGAAUUGAUUGAGACGUAUGCGGUGAAGGGAAUAAGAUACGAUCGCUUGAAGACCCUUACUUUUUUCAGUGUAGCACUGCGACAACUUCUUCGACCUGUGAUUGAGUUUCUGGUUCAUUUCGAGAGGCGUUUAACAAGUGGUCUUGAACCUGCCACCCUGCAGCACUUUAUAGAGACAUCAAGAGGUCAUUUAGAAACGAUCAAGUUGUUGUAUGAGCUUUCCCAGAAUAAAAACCAAGAACUACAUUCUUUAAGAAGCCUAAAAACUUUGGAUACCCUUUUUACCAAGAGUUCCCAGAAAACGCAACCCAAAUUGCUGCGAUCUUUGAGCGCAUCCUUACUUCUGCACACCGUGCGUGCCUAUUGUAAAUUUCUGGAUAACUGGUGGUCUACAGGAGACUUUGCAGACUAUCACGAAGAGUUUCCUUUUGAAAAGAUUGUGACCGAUGAACGAACAGAGUACGUCUUAAGAAAAUCAUUGAUGCAAACGGAACUUCAAAAUUCUGAAUUGUUUCGUAUUAUUCAGCGGCAUCUCCUUGAAUCCAGUGAUGGAGUUGCCAUUCUCUACGAUUCCCGAACAAUAAGUGAAUUCCACACUCUGCAUGGCAUAGAGCCAGAGAUACGUCUACACAAUUCAUUAAUAGACGCGGUCAUAGGGGAAAUAGCGCCUUAUCAGAUUAAAGCAAUUGAGGCCAGUCACUAUGUUCCAGACAUCCUGCAGCAGCUGCAGUCUACUGAUCACGAUGGAAUACGUCGAUUGUUUUACUCCUUUCACAUGGAAACUCGGCCAGAUCCGCGAAAGCCAGCGGGUCAUUCGAUCAACGAGUUGCUGAGGAACUUUCUCACUUGUGCUGACUACACUCCCAUUACAGAAAUCAUUAGUCAGGAGUUUCAAAGGUUACUAAAUCGAAGGACAAGAUUGGUUAACUCCUAUAUCUCUGGUCUGUUGCAGGAGUUUCAAGGGUACAAGGUAGUAAGGCACCUACGAUCAGUGUUUCUACUCUGGAACUAUGACCAUUUUCGAAGUGAGUUUGAGUUUUUCUUUGAGUUUCUCAGAAGGAAACACCUCGUGGAGGCCACUAACAAAUUGAAGCACAUCGUGCUAUGCCAAGAUUUCACUCUGGGUCAUAUGUUUAAGGUUUGCGUGACCGAAGCUCAUCCUGAAUUUAUCUGCCUUAGGGUCAGGAAUGAUACCCUAUUGAACCGUAUUAUAAGCCAGCAGCAAAUGGAUAUGAUGAAUUCCUGCUUCCGUCUUCUUUUAAAUCUAAACUUCUCGCACUAUCGGCUAAAUCAUUUGCCUCCCUUUCAUUACUGCAAGUAUGAGCGAUUGUUCAAAGCCCUGAGAUCCAUACAGAUUUCCCUUAUCUCCGUCUUCGAGGAGCACCUAUCGCAUCCGUGUAAACUCUUUCGGAAAAUGCAGAACCUUGAUUCGUAUAACUCUGAAUUGAAUGAAUUCACUUCGUUGACUCAACUUAGACGGAAUCAGGAAAUAUUUGGGUUGCACAUUCGAAAGUAUUUGCUGGAGGAGCAAUUCGCUUGCAGCCUGCCCGAGAUCCUUACACUGAGCAAAGUGUUUUGCCUUCGAUGGGAAACAACCAGAGCUCUUGUAGACGAAUAUCGCAGCCAGAAGGCCACUAGCACAUUUGAGCGAAGGUACAAAUUGUUGCGUUUGAACUACCUGCUGGAAACAGUGAAGAAAUGCAAGGCGAUUGGCUGUUUGCUCGGCCAUAUUUAA